AUGACCAGGGCUGUUCGUGACCGGAUACUGAAGGAUGUGAAUGGUAAUAUUAGCGACCAUCUACGCAAUCAUAUACAUUUGACCAAUUGUAUUCAUUUGAAGAACCAUAUGCAUAAGCAUAGCCCCAUAUUGGCCGAUAGGGCCCUUAUAAGGGAUCUUGUUGUCCUACAGAGGUCGCGAUCUCUCAGAGAUCCUUCUACGAGUCCGCCCUCAUGGCUCUCCCCUUCGGUUAUUGAUUUGUUAUCUAAAAGAGGUGAAACGGAUGGCAUGGUGGGAGGAAGACGCUCUGUUGGCAUUGAGCGCCAAAGGGAUGGUAGAGGGUUUUUUGAAAGUUCACCGCCAUUAGCUAGUGUACCAACAUCAAAGGUGAUUCCUGGUGAGGUAAGCAUGCGUAAUGGUGGGGGAGCCACUGUGAGUGAUCGCAGUAGUAAGAGUGGGGUUCAGGAAAAAAGAAGAGUUAACAGGGAAGAAUCGAGUGGAAGAAAUGUGGGAAAUGACCUCAUGGAUGGCGGCAAUGAGCUUCAACAAGAUGUUAAUGAUUUGGUCCAUGACAAUGUUUUGGGACACUCUGAAUCAUGGGAUAAGAAAAUCAGACAAAAGGGGAAGCAUAGGAAAGAUGAUAAUCUUAAGACCCUUUCUGAGCAGUUGAAUGAGGUCCCAGUGGAUAGUGAUGAUGUAGUAUCAUCUAACAUACAUCAUCAUGGAAGACAGACCCAGUUUGGGAACACUGUUGAUGAAGCAGAAGCAAGCAUUCGAGGAUACUCCAGGGGUCUGAAUAGGGUAAGAAGGAAUAAGUUUCGAGGUGCAAGAAAAACUCGGGCUGCCAUACCUUCACGAGAUGCUGGGCCUGAAAAUGAAAUGUCUGUGGCCUCUAAUUCAUUAGCUCAAGGUGCACCAUGCCCAACGCAUAACAUAGAGGAAGGUGAAGAAGAGUUUGCCGAGCAGAAUGUCACAAGGGCUCCCAGAAAUGGGUGUGGUAUUCCUUGGAAUUGGUCGAGAGUUCAUCAUAGGGGAAAAUCAUUUCUUGACAUUGCUGGAAAGAGCUUGUCUUGUGGAUUGUCUGAUCCAAAGUUAAAGCGAGGUAGUAGUAGUACAGUCCCUCUACUUGUUGAUGCAUCUGGAUCUCUGGAAAGUACAGAUAAUGCUGCUUGGGUGCAUGACUAUUCUGGGGAGUUAGGAAUUUAUGCUGAUAAUCUAUUAAAACAUGAAAUCGACUCUGACCUAGCUUCGGAAGCUAGAUCUGGUGAUCAACAUAAGUACCAAGGGCAUCACAAUAAUAGGCACCAAAAUCUCACUCAAAAGUAUGUGCCAAGGACCUUCAGAGAUCUGAUGGGGCAGAAUUUGGUAGCACAAGCUCUUUCAAAUGCUGUGGUAAAAAAGAAAGUUGGAUUGCUCUACGUGUUUUAUGGGCCUCAUGGCACAGGUAAAACCUCUUGCGCACGCAUUUUUGCCAGAUCUCUUAAUUGUCAGUCUCUGGAGCAUCCCAAACCUUGUGGGUUCUGCAAAUCUUGCGUUGCGCAUGACCUGGGUAAGAGUCGAAACACUAGGGAAGUAGGCCCAGUCAGUAAUUUGGACUUUGGAAGCAUUAUGGAUCUACUUGACCAUAUGAUAGUUUCACAGCUGCCAUCACAGUACAGAGUCUUUAUCUUUGAUGAUUGUGAUACUUUGUCUCCUGACUGUUGGAGUGCUAUAUCUAAGGUCAUUGAUCGAGCACCCAGGCGUGUGGUUUUUGUCCUUAUCUGUUCAAGUCUUGAUGUCCUACCUCAUAUAAUCAUAUCCAGGUGCCAGAAAUUCUUUUUUCCAAAGUUGAAAGAUGCAGAUAUUAUCUAUACUUUGCAGUGGAUCGUGGCCAAGGAAGAUCUAGAAAUUGAAAAGGAUGCACUAAAGCUUAUUGCAUCAAGAUCAGAUGGAUCUUUGAGGGAUGCUGAGAUGACCCUUGAACAACUGAGUUUGCUUGGGCAGAGAAUCUCUGUUCCUCUUGUUCAGGAACUGGUUGGGCUCAUUUCUGAUGAGAAGUUAAUAGAUCUACUCGAUUUAGCAUUAUCUGCAAACACAGUUAGAACUGUGAAGAAUCUGAGAGAGAUCAUGGAGUCUGGCGUUGAGCCAUUAGCUUUGAUGUCACAGCUUGCCACUGUAAUAACCGAUAUUCUUGCAGGUAGCUAUGAUUUCACGAAAAAAAGGCCUAGAAGGAAGUUCUUUCGACAACAAGCAUUGUCAAAGGAAGAUAUGGAAAAACUGCGUCAAGCUCUAAAAAUAUUAUCUGAAGCUGAAAAGCAGCUGAGAAUGUCAAAUGAUAGAUUAACAUGGCUUACAGCUGCAUUGCUGCAACUUGCUCCUGAUCAGCAGUAUAUGUUGCCAAGUUCCUCUGCAGACACUAGUUUUAACCAUAGUCCCUUGGGCUUAACUGGUGGAAGAGAGAGACCCAGGAGAAGUAAUGUUGAUCACGCUGAGAUGCCUAAUACUCACAGAAGGAUUGAAAAUCUUCAAGCUGGAAGUUCAAGUGAUGUUUAUUAUAAUGAUAGAAUAAGAGGUACUAGUGUAGAUAGAAAAGGACAUACUGUGGGUGAGGUGGCUCCUCAACAGGCACUCAAUGUUUCUGGUGAAAGAAAUAGAGCAAAUAACAGGCAGUUACCAGUUAAAUUCCGGAAGACAAUUGAAGAAAUUUGGUUGGAGGUGCUUGAAAAUAUUCAAAUAAAUAGCUUAAGAGACUUCCUGUAUCAAGAAGGAAAGCUGAUCUCAGUCAGUUUUGGCACAGCUCCAGCUGUUCAGUUGUUGUUUUGUUCACAUCUAACAAAAUCUAAGGCCGAGAAACUUAAGGCACACAUGUUACAAGCAUUUGAGACUGUUCUGGGGUCCCCUGUGACAAUUGAAAUCAGAUGUGAAUCAGGGAAAGAUGUAAGGGUGGGGAUGAAUGUGCCACUUACAUUACCAGUAUCUCAGGGUGGUUCAUCUCAGGUGCACAUAAACCCUGGGAUUCUUAGCAAUAGUGGGGUGACUAUGGCAGGGCAUGAUGUUAUCGGCAGAAGGGCUGUGAAAGAUAGAAAUGGUUUAACUCAAGCCCAACAGUUGCAGUUUGAUUCUGCUGAAAUGGGAAGGAAUGAAAUUGUUGAAAUAGAAGCCUCUCCCAGGGAGCCGAAUAAUAACAAGCAUAUUGAUGACAAUUCACAAGCCGAUAAAAGACAUUUGGAAAGUGCUUGGACAGGAGAAGCCGCAUCUUCACAUAAGAAUUCUUCUAUGGCUUCUCUUCCAGGCGAAAGAAAAUUAAGGGAGCAAAAUCGAAGUCAGAGCCUAGUAAGAUGCAAGGUGUCCCUUGCACAAGUAAUUCAGCAGGCAGAAGGAUCUACAGUGCGAAAUGGAUGGUCGAAACGGAAAGCUGUUUCUAUUGCUGAAAAGCUUGAGCAACAGAAUCUAAGAUUGGAACCUAGAUCAAGAAGCCUGCUUUGCUGGAAGGCAUCUAGAGUAACACGUCAGAAGCUUUCACAUUUGAAAUUUAGGAUGAGGAAGUCACGGACUUUGCUGAAAUUUGUCUCCUGUGGAAAGUGUCUCUCUACUAGGUCUCCAACGUAACGCAAGAAGUCAUCUGAAAGCUUUGGUGCGGACCUCAAUCAUAAUCCUUCCAUUCAUUCAUCAGCCUGUUGUUUAGAAGGUCAAUUCUAUUAGUCAAAUAUCUUCCCUCAAUAAGAAUAAUUUAGAGUAGAAGAAAUUCAAUUUUUAGCGCCCUUUCAUG